ACCUCAAAUGUCAAUUGGACAAAUGUUUACCGCAUCCGAGUCCGUCAUUCCUAUCAGCUGCUGAUACCUAGUCCCUUCAUCCUACAAAUGUCGCGUUACGUAUUCAGAUCAUGAUUGAAAUCGUCGCUAAAUUAGUAAGGGAACAAACUCCAGCAUUCCUAUGCGGUGAGGUGGUCGAGUGCUUCAUAGAUUUCUCGAACCCGGCUCAAGCUCAGCAUCGAGUCUCGCAAAGUAACAGUGACACCCACGAGAACUUAGCCUGGGCCUCGGUUCAAAUUCACUGUUAUUUAAAUUCGACAUCGCACAGAGAGAAGGGCAGCGACUUGCAGAUAGCAGAACUGACAAAAGUCGCUAACACAUCCCUUGGAACAGCAAGUAAACAGUCAGGCGAUGUCUUUCACUCCACGAAACCCAAGAUUCUGUUCUGUGAUUUACGCUUGAGUAGCGGCGAGACUAAAUCUUACCUGUAUCGUGAAACAUUACCCAUCAACGGCCCGCCAACAUACCGUGGUCAUGGAAUCAAGUAUUUCUACAGAAUCACGAUAGCUACUCAACGGGUUAAAUCCAAAGUACACAUACUAAGUGUUCCCAUCCGUGUCUUGCCGCUUCCUGCAGUUGUCCGUCCAGAAGAAGUACCCGCUCUUUGCAACGAUACGAACGAAGAGCUGGCGCCCACCAAUCCUUUCCUUGAAAACUAUAAUACGCAGUCCGAAGUAGAAGUUUCAUGGCAUCAUUUACAGAAUAUAACCGCACGCCGACUACCGAAAUUUUAUCGAAUAUCAAAUAAACGAGGUCAUGUUGGCCGCUUCUGUAUUUUCAAACAUGCCUACAAACUAGGAGAAGAUAUUGUUGGAACGCUGGAUUUUUCCAAUCGUUCCGUACGCUGUUGCCAAUUGUCUGUAACACUUCAAUCGGAAGAAAUACUACACAAAAAUCGUAAAAAUUCCCAAUCAUCAGGCAUAGAUCCAACAAACACUAAUUCGAACAACACGAAUCAGGAAAAUGCUCCAUCAUCUAGCGAUGUAGUCGGCAAACUGACGAAUCAUACGAAAUAUCACGAAGUAUGCUUGGGAAUGAUGCAAACACAAAUAAUUAUUCCAAUACCUUUAUUUGUGACGCCGUCAUUUUCUACGGACCUGGUGGAUGUUCGAUGGCGUUUACACUUCGAAUUUGUAACGAGUGCCGAUAUAGAUUUUGGUUCAGCCGACCACAGCGCGGAAGACUGGCGAGCACCAGACGAUAUACCGAUUGAAACGAUGGUCUGGAACCUUCCUGUUACGUUGUACCCAACAGCACCUUUGCAAAUUUUCCAACCCUGCGGCUCAUACUCGUUAGUCAUCAAGUAAGAUAUAAGGAUAUUUGCAGCAAAAUAUUUUAUACCCAAGAAAUGAAGGAGAUUCUUUAUUACAUUAAUUUUGUAUUGAGAAUACUAAAAAAAUAUUCAAUAGUUUUAGACAUCUUCUAGAAGGGUAUCACUUCUGAAUUAAAGAGAGCUGAUUUGUUGUACAGAUCGGUUAUUAUCAGGAGGAUUUGUACCCUUCAAAUUUCUGUCCAUUUGUUUUACAUAUAAUACUAACAAUGUCAAAUUAUGAAACCGACUUCAUGGAAAAUGAAGAGCAAGUAUUAACCAAAUUCAGAUAAAUGCAAAUAUUACUAGGACUUCGGGUUGUAGUUGUCACGUAAAAAGCAAUAUAGAUUUUUAGAUAGCAGAAAUAAAACAUAAUAAAUAGGAGUAAAUA